AGGCAGCCUCCACUGCGCAUGCGUCAACAUUUCCCCACAGCAGGUAAACUCCACCAUGGCGGCGCGAGGCCAUGUGCAGGAUCCGAACGACAGGAGACUCAGGCCCAUUUACGAUUACCUGGACAAUGGCAACAAUAAAAUGGCAAUACAGCAGGCGGAUAAACUGCUGAAGAAACACAAGGACCUGCACUGUGCCAAGGUCCUCAAGGCCAUCGGCCUUCAGCGGACCGGAAAGCAGGACGAAGCUUUCACUUUGGCCCAGGAGGUGGCCACUCUCGAGCCCACGGACGACAACUCGCUACAGGCUCUGACUAUUCUCUACCGGGAGAUGCAUCGUCCGGAGCUGGUCACCAAGCUGUACGAGGCUGCGGUAAAGAAGGUCCCCCUCAGCGAGGAGUACCACUCUCACCUCUUCAUGGCGUACGCCCGCGUCGGGGAGUACAAGAAGAUGCAGCAGGCGGGAAUGGCCUUGUAUAAAAUCGUUCCCAAGAACCCGUAUUACUUCUGGUCCGUCAUGAGUCUGGUCAUGCAGGCCAUCUCAGCACAAGAUGAAAAACUGUCCCAGACGAUGUUCCUGCCUCUGGCUGAGCGCAUGGUGGAGAAAAUGGUCAAGGAGGAGAAGAUUGAAGCAGAGGCUGAGGUGCAGCUGUACUUUAUGAUCCUGGAGCGCUUAGGAAAGUGCGUGGAGGCUCUGGACGUGAUCCGGGGCCCUCUCGGUGAGAAGCUGACCAGCGAGCUGCAGAGCAGAGAGUCCAAGUGCAUGAUGCUCUACCGCAGGCUGCAGCGCUGGCCCGAGUGCAACUCGCUGGCUCACAAGCUGCUGCUCAAAAACCCUGACGACUGGCAGUUCUACCCCUCCUACUUCGACUCUCUCUUCCACCUCAUGGACCAGUCGUGGAGUCCUCCUGAGGACGGAGAUCACUGUCCGGAGGGUUCGGUCCACCACACGGUUGCCGAGGUGAUGAGGUUCGUGGAGGAGAGGAUCACCGGGGAGGACGGCAAAGACUCGCGCUCGCUCCGAGGACCUUACUUGGCUCGACUUGAGCUCAUGCACCGACUGAGAGAGAGGGGCUGUCCUGAAGAAAGACUGCUGGGUGACCCUCUAGAGCUCAUGGUGCAGUUCUUUGGGAAGUUCGGAGACAAACCCUGCUGCAUCACCGACCUAAAAAUAUACCUCCACCUGCUCUGCCCCGACCAGCACGUGCAAUUCAUCAACCGUCUGGGCGAGGCGGUGCCCCUGGGCGAGCAGGGGGACGAAGGACUCUGCUUCCCGGAGGACACCAAAGCGCUGCAGAGGCACCUGUGCGUGAGCCAGCUGGGCCGCGCCCUCGGGCUGCACCACGCCCUCGACCCCGACGGCAAGCUGCGCCUCAUCGCCCAGCUCAAGGCUCACUACCGGCACGGACUCAAGUUUGGGACGAACGCGCUGAAGACGGAGCUGCAGUUUUCCGACAUGUACUGCCUCAUGGCGGCUCACGUCUACGUGGACCUGUGGAAGGAGACGGGCGAUGACAACAUGGUGUGGCGGUGCUUGGGCGUCCUGCAGGAGGGUUUGACCCUGAGCCCCUCCAACGCGCAGUUCAAGCUGCUGAUGCUGCUGGUCUACUGUCACCUGGGGGCCUUUGAGCCCGUGGUGGACCUGUACUCGAGCCUGGAUGCCAAGCACGUGCAGCACGACACCAUCGGGUUCCUGCUGACGCGUUACGCCGAGUCGUUGGGUCAGUUCGCUGCAGCCUCCCAGUCCUGUAACUUCUCCCUCAGGUUUUUCCACUCCAACCAGAAAGAUACCUCAGAGUACAUCAUCCAGGCCUAUAAGUACGGAGCGUUUGAGAAGAUCCCAGAGUUCAUAGCCCUCAGGAACCGAUUGAACCAGUCGCUGCACUUCGCCCAGGUGCGCACGGAGAGGAUGCUGCUGGACCUGUUCCUGGAGGCCGACAUCGUGUUGAGUCUGGAGGAGAGUGUGAAGGCCAUGUCUCUGUCUCCAGAGGAGGACGACAUCCCCUGGGACACCAUGAGGGACAACAGGGACCUCACCGUCUUCACCAGCUGGGACCCCAAAGACAGGGAGCUGACCGAGGAGCACCGGCGGCGCUCCCUGGAGGAGGAGACAGUGUGGCUACGGCUGCGCUCGCUCACGCUGCGCCUCCUCGCCGCUCUGGCUUCGCCGGGUCGCGCCCCCCCGCCGCAGAACUCCGACACCACCAACGAGAACGGGGUGGGGGGCGGGAGCUCCGUCCUCGGGGGGCUGCUCGGCCAGCUGCAGCUCGCCCUGCAGGCGGCGGCGCAGGUGGCCGAGAGACGCACGCAGUAUCCAUUCCUGGGCCCCCCCUCCACCCGCCUGGCCUCGGCCCUGUCCAGCGGGAGCUGCCAGUGCCAGGCGGCCGCGCUGCAGCUGUCCGUCCACCUCCAGGAGCUGGAGGACGUCGGCCUCGACGAGUCGUCGGAGCUUCAAACCCAGAUCUGUAACGGUUUCAAAUCUUUAGUAGUCCAGCUUCAAGAAAUCCUGAAUAGGUGCAAAGGGGAUUUCUUGGAAAUGAAAGAGGGCAAGUUAAAAACCCGGCCCUCCUUAUUAGAAAACCUAGUCUUCUUCGUUGAGACGGUGUGCGUCGUCUUGUGGACGGCCAGUCACUGCGCCAAGGUCCUCCGGCCGCUGAAGACCAGCCUACAGAAGAAGAAGAAGAAGAAAAAGGAUGCAAACACGGCUCUGCCGGCGGUGGUGUGUGGCUUCCAGGAGCUGACGGGGGGCUUGCAGGACCUGCUUACCCAGACUUUGGAGUUUAUUAAGGGGCAGGAGACGGACAUCACCGCCCUUAAACUGGCCGGGUUGAGCUUGGAAGGACACACACAGGACGAGGAGGCGUUCACCAAGGCUGCUAUGGACAAAGUGCAGAGCAGUUACCUGCGCUCGCUACAGGAGGCGGGAGAUCUGCUCAGGAAGAGAGCCGAAACUAUAAAGAGCCUCAAGAUCUGACCGCCCCCCCGCCUGAAUAAAGAUGACUCUACCCCCCCCCCCCCCUCAACACACACACACUCUGUCAGUACAGUCGUCACUCACCUGCUUCCUGUCCCGGAUGUCCCUCCCCUCGGCGUCUGUCAAUCUGGAUCUUUAUUAUGUCGUCUUUCCCCUCGACACCCCCCCCCACCCCCCCCCCCCCACACACACACACACACCUCGGGUACCUCUUCAACUCUUCUAGCACACAAAGCUUGUAAGUAAACUCAUGACUUUAUUCAGCCAUUAUAAGUUAAAGAAUGAGGAAUAAAAACAUGCUUUUUUUUCGUUUUUAAGAAACGCACAAAACAUAAACUUAGCGCAAAGUUAGGAAAUAAGAAUAAGCCGUUUUAGAUGAUGUUACCUAAUAAAUUAUUGUAUAUAGCAAAGAACAACUACCACAGCUCAUAAGAAUAUCCGUUAAGUUUCUUUUAAUUCCUUUUUUCUCUGGUGAGAACAAAGUGACACACACACACACAGACUCACACACACACACACUCACAGACUCACACACGCUGGGACUGUUAACACUACGGAGGGAGUUGUUUCAAUGUGCUGCUCUUCCAGCUGUUUCUGUCCAUGAGGAGGAGACACAACUCACUCAGACUGAAGUCACACAAUCUUUCUCCAUUAUUUUACUUCCUUUUUGUCGUUUUGUGCAUCUUGUGUGUCUUUUGGAAGUGGAACCAUCUGUGUAGUUGCAGUAUUAUAAAGAGCAGUAGUGGAGUCGGGCUGUUAUCGUUUUAUUUUCUAUUUUUUUUCCCCCCAUGACACCAGGAGAAGUUCUUCUAAACACAUCGACUCAUCGCACAACUCGUCUCAAGGACACACUCCUGUGAGACCUGCUGCUUGAUAUUUAUUUAAGAGCGAGAUGAGUUAUUCAUUCACACAAGUUCAGUUGAUGCCAUCUGCUGGAAUGAUUGUUUCAGUGAGGGGGGGUUAAGUCUGAUCUAAAUGUUUUUCUCCCUUUUUUUAUUCACAUUUCAGUCACUGGUUGAUUUAAGGAUUUCUAUUUGAGUGUAAACUGAACUUAAGGCAGCAUCUAAAAUUCCAAACUAACGCGAUACUUUUCAGAAAUGUCGACAUUGGUCCAUUUUUUCGUUUGUGUGUUUUCAUUUUUUUUUCUCCACAGACUUCAGAGUAGUUCAGAAAAAUGACUUUCAACACUUUCAUUCCCAGAGGGUCGAUCAGCCUUUGUGUUACUGAUAUUCAGAUGGUCACUAACAAGGUGAAGAGGUUGAUCCAGAGUCACUUUGUUGUUGUAGUUCUCAAUUCAGCCACAAGAGGCGCAAGUCUCCACGUGUUCUAAAUAGACUAAAAACAUUACUUUCUUCAGGUUGAGUGGGUUUUUUAAUUUUACUAUCUUGUGUUCAGAGUGUGUGAAGAAAAGUGUUUUUAGUCUUUAGAACAUUAACACCUUUUUGGGGGGUUUUUUUCAACCUGCCAAAACUUUAAAUUUGACUUGUUUCACAGCUGAUGUAAAAUUAGAGCAGAAGUGAGAACCUUGAGUUAUCUUUCUCAGUUGACCCUCUGGGCCUCUGAUAAUAGAUUAUUAUGGGAUGACGUGUUUGUGAUUCACAGACAAACUUUGGACCUAAUUGUAAAUAUAAAGUUGCGGCUGCAGAACGGUGUGAAAGAAUGAUGUGUUUUGUUUUUUUGUUUGUUUUAAUAAUGAGCUGCAGUAGAUGUGUGUGUUCAUGUUGUGUUCAUUCCCGUUUAUGACACAUCUCCCCCCCCCUCCAAAAAAAAAAAGUCAUGAACCAAAAACCUUUUUUAUAUUCUCAGUGAAAGGAUCUUCUUUUUAUUCUUCAUAACAUUGAGAGAUGGACUGACAUUGUUUACAAAAAUCACCCAGCAGCACUGAUGGACGACUGCAGCUUAGUGUGCAGUUUUCUUUUUGUUUUUUACUAUUUUAUCAAUAAUUUGGCCGAACAAUGUGAAAAUGUGAGUAACCGGUGAAUCCUUGUCCUUCCUGUUGUAUCCGCAUACGAAUCACAUGUGCUAAUAAAAUGCCUUUUCUCUGA